ACCAAACUUUUAACAAGAACAAGAAUCUAAUUCAAAUAGAAAAAAAAUGCUGAAAUUACCUCUAUUUUUGACUCCAAUAAUCCGAAGAAAGAAAAACUAAAUUAAUAAAUAUCGUCCGCCAAAAUAUUUUCCAAUAUGUCAAGUAAACCCGAAGGGAAGAGAGCGUCAACAAAAUGCCGGUUGGAACAAGCCGUUAGUCUAUUUUUAGACUCACGCGCGGCGGUGACGGAAGCCUGGGACAAAAAGCGAAAGGGGAAGUCAGCGCCAUUUCCAAAAUGGUUGCCCUUAGAAAUUACGAAGCCGCAAUACACGCUAAAGUAGACUCUACUAGUUAACAGUUAAAGGUCUUGCAAAAAUCAAAAUGGAUAAACUACUGGAGUCAAUUAACAAUACUUUACUUCAAGAUCAUAGUGAUAUUGAAAAAGUGACAAUGCUAAUAGUGUUGUCAGAAUUGUUGGAUGCAAAUCAUGCUGAUAACAGCUUCAGAGAAACAUUAACUCAGUCUGGUAUAUGUGAAAAUUUGCUGACUUUUCUCAAGGGACAUCAGGAACUUGUAGAUAUUGAACAAAAUAAGCCACCUUUUCUACUUAUAUGUCAUCUUGCAAUGAAAUGCAUAAUGUGCUUUUAUUCAUCCAAAAUAAAUCCUUCCAGCUUGGAUUCUGCUGUGGUAGAAGUUUUGCUAAACUAUCUCAAGCCUUACACCAGUAAUCAUUUCUACCAGUUUACCCAAAAAUACAACUCAAGUUUAAAGGAGCUAAUUGAAAAUGCCAGUAGUGAUCUUGAAAUUAUUUUACAUUGUAAAGCCAGUCAAAAUAUCUUUACAGAGGAAUUGCCUUUUUAUGAAGCUGAAAUGGCAAACCUAUCAGAUUCUGUUUAUAUCUGUUCCUUAAGAGUUCCACCUAAAGGAGAAAUUGUGUCUGAUUACCUUGUAAAUCAGAGUCUUGUAUGGAAGUCAGCAUCAAAUUUUGAAGGCCUAAAAGAGGAAGACAAGAAGCAGCCCCAGGAAAUGUGGAAGAAGGCCCGUAUUACACAUGUCCUCAAAGGUAAUUUCUUCUGGAUGUUGUGUGGUGAGGAAUGCAUCAAGACAGCAGACAACAUUUAUGGUUCCCUGAGCUCACCGAAACUAGAAUUAAUUAAAAUUCAAGCAAAACCUGAUGAAAUUGUGGUUGCUGAGAUUGAGUCAGGGUGCAAGUUUUUUCGUGGUUAUGUCAUUUCUGAGACAUGUGGGCAAUAUACAGUUUUUAAUGUCGACUCUGGAAAAGUGCAUCAAACUCGUGAUGUUUAUUUUCUUCCACCUGAUUUGUCACUUACAAAUAUCCCAGCUCUAGCUAAUUUAGGAUAUUUGGAAGGUGUCAUGCCUCUACCUCUAGAUGCAUCCAUUGUAGCAUUUGCAACCAGUGUUAUUUCUUCUAUUGUAAGGUUUAAUUUAUCAGCAAUUGAUGAAGUUAUGGAUAAGGGAAUUCUAGACAUUCUGCCAGACUUGAUGACAAGUCCUGAUCUGGAAGUCGCUACUCAGUCAAUGCGCCUGGGUGCCAACCUUUUACUUAAGAAAAAAACUUCCUUUUGUGAAAAGUGGCAACGCAUCUUAUUUGUCACAUUAGAAACUCUGAAAAAAGCAUUAACUAAUGCCGAGACAGCUGGCUACAAUAUUUUAAUUAACUCGUGUCUGUUGCUGGUAAUGAACAGGAUCUUCAUGUGUCCCGAAGCAAAGAAUUUUUUUUACACUAUGAAAGGCCUUCAAAUAGUUCUGCGCACCAGAGUAAUCUUCCAGAAACAUUUUUUGAUCCACAAGAGUGUUGUCCAAGUUCUAGCCAACUUUGUUCAUGCAACUGCUCAGUCUUUCCCACAGAGGCCUGCAUCUUCACAACCACCCAGGAAAUAUGAAGCUGGCCAGUUUGACAGAAAGGAUUUUUAUAACAAACAAAAGUAUACAUCUAACGGUGCAUUUAAGGGCAUUGGUUAUGAGCUGGAUAGUGAUGAGGAAUGCAGUGAGUCAAAGCAUUCAGAUUCUUCUGAUGAUUUUUGGCAACGAAAACCAGAGAAAAAAAAUGAAGAUGAGAAAACCUACUAUUUAUUAGGUGAGAAGGUAAAAUUUACCUGUGACUCAGAGCAUGAAAUACAUCUGUCUUGGAACUUGAGUGCAGAAACCUUGGCUAAAACAUUUUGUGGCAUGUUAAACUCUGGUUUGGGUGGUAAAGUCUAUAUAGGCAUUGAUGAAGAAAGUGUUGUGCAUGGUGAAACACUCAACCAGAACAUCAGAGAUGAACUGAGGCUGGGCUUGGAUCAAGUCAUGACAAAAAUCACCCCAGCUAUCCUCCAUAAUCAGUUCGACAUCAAGUUUAUCCCAGUGCUAGCAUCAGCUCAGAGUCCUGCCACUGAUCUCUUUGUUGUUGUGAUGGGCUGCAAGCCAGUUCCUAAUGUCAUCUACAGCUGCAAUGCUGAAGAAUGUUACUACAGGCUCGGAGCCACCACAUCCAUUUUUUGUCACCAGGAUAUCAGAGAGCUGUGUGUUAUUGAAGAAGAGUCCCUGUAUAUGAAUGAGAUAAAGACACUACAGGAGGAGCUGGCUCAUCUCAAAGCUGUUUUAAACACAGUUAGCCCCUGAUUCAUUUUAAAGUUUUAUUUGUAUCAUCAAUACCAGUGGAUCAUAUCUUGUUUUUUUU